UGUUCCUCCCCCAUCACCAAAUCGAUUGACCCUCCUCGUUGAAGCCUAGGCAUUUUCGGUUGCGAAUACCUUCAACACCCACCACCACAUCCAGACAAAUCCGCAACCAUGUCUACCCAAAGCGUCCAGUGCUUCGGCAAGAAGAAGACGGCUACUGCUGUCGCCCACUGCAAGGCCGGUAAAGGUCUCAUCAAGGUCAACGGCCGACCGCUCUCUCUGGUCCAGCCUGAGGUUCUCCGAUUCAAGGUCUACGAGCCUCUCCUAAUCAUCGGCCUCGACAAGUUCGCCCAGGUCGACAUCCGCGUCCGCGUUACCGGUGGUGGCCACACCUCGCAGGUCUACGCCGUCCGCCAGGCCAUCUCUAAGGCUCUCAUCGCCUACUACCAGAAGUUCGUCGACGAGCACAGCAAGAACCUGCUCAAGCAGGCCCUCGUCCAGUACGACCGAACCCUCCUCGUCGCCGACAACCGUCGGUGCGAGCCCAAGAAGUUCGGUGGUCCCGGUGCCCGUGCCAGAUACCAAAAGUCCUACCGUUAAACGAAUCCUCGACGGUAUACCCGCGGGGGUUGGGGAUGUUAUGGUGGGUUGGAGAAGAAAAGGAAAGGACGAAGCCGCUGGGAUCGUUUUGUGGAAAGAAAGACAGCGGCCGCUCGGGUCUUCUUCUCCUUUUUUUGCGCGCGCAACGAAUUGGGACGGCUAUGGUCGGUGGUCGUACCUCUGGAGUCUUAAGAAAAAGGGAAUCCUUUGCGAGGGCUAUCUCUACUACUGAUGCCUUCUUCUCUCUAUUAUCGAUGCAUUUGCAUGGCCUGGCUGUAAAGGGAUUAGGCGAAUGAAACGACAACAUUUUCUGCAAACAAAAAAAGUAAAACCGUGCUGGCCCGGGACUUCUUCAACUUAAUGAUUUAAUGCGAGAUGACCAGGUGAACUAAUUGUCGAUCCAAGUUUUUGUAACACUCUGGUGAGAUACGCCCUUAAGUGUAGUAUCUUAAUCC